AUGAACAAUUUACUUAAACGAUUUGAACCAUCUUUAACAGAUGUGAUAAAGUAAUAUAAGUUAUAUUAAUUUAGAUAUUUGCAUGAACAUUAAGACAUGAUAUUAGUUGAACGUAACCCUUAUUAAGCAGAUAGAUUGAUGAUGAUGUUAGAUAAUGAAAAAUUGGAUGCUUUGGAUAAGGAGUUUCAUGAACAUCCAAAUGGUAUUGAGUUACCAAAUUUUAUAUGGUUGAUGAAAUGUGCAAUAUCUCAUGCUCCAGAAGAUAAAUAUGAAUUAGUUAAUGGAUUGAUAAAGUUAUUUUAAGAUAUAGAUAUAAAUGGUGAUGGUCAUAUGGAAUGGGCUGAGUUCACUUAAUAUAUUAUUGAUGCAGUUAUUGGUUCAAAAGAUGCUUAACUUUAUGAUACUAGAUUUGAGAAAGAGAGAGAAUUAACAGAAAUUGAAGUAUUAGAUAGGGCUUAUUCAAGAAAAUCUAAACGAUAUAUUCCUAUGGCAUAAGUAGAUGAUUCCAAUCAUAAGAACCCUAUUAAGAAUGUAAAAUUAAUUUAUAAAAAUUUUAGAUAGCAUAUUGUUAAUAAUUGGAUAGUGUUAUCUGUUUAGAAUAGAACUCUUAACAUUUGAGAUUCUAUACACCUGAAUGUUAAGAUAAGAAAUUUACUUUAGCACCAGAAUCUGAAUCAGGAAAAAUAUUUAUUAUUCAUUUUCAUACAGUUGAUAAUUAUAUAGCAGCAGUUACAAGUGAUAGAUAAUUAAUAUUUUGGGAUGCAACAACUUUUAAAGUUAUUAAAUAAUUUAAAUAAGAAGUCUUAUAAACUGGUAUUUGGUAUUUUCCUUAUCAUGAAUUAUGGGUAACAGCUGGAUCUGAUUAUAAUAUUAGAGGAUGGAGUAUUCCUUGGAAUGAAAAAGAUUCAAAAGGAUAAGUAAUUAAAUUUUUGAAUGCUCAUACUAAAUAAAUAACUGAUAUUGUUGAAUUAAUUAGUCCUAAAUUAUUGGCAUCAGCAAGUUAAGAUGGUAAAAUUAAAUUAUGGGAUAUGCAAGAUUAAAAAUUUAUAACAGAAUUAAAAACACCAGCUCCUUCAAAAAGAGGAGUUAAAGGUUUAAGUUAUAAUCAAGAUUAUGGAUCAAAUUUAAUUAGUUAUGGAUUUGAAACAUUUAUUAAUGUUUAUUGUCCAGAAGUAUCUAUAACUAGAGCUUAUAUUGGAAGAUUAGAAGGACAUUCUUCAUUAGUAGUUACUUGUAAAUUCAUUCCUUAAUCACCUAAUUGUGUUAGUAUUGAUGAUCAUACAAAUAUUAGAAUAUGGGAUAUUAGAUAAAUGAGUAGUGUUUAAGUUAUACCAAAUGAUUAAUAAUCUUUAGUUACUGAUUUAUGUAUAAUAACAAGAACUGAUAGAUUUGUAUAUUCUGGUAAAAGAUUAAAUUAUUUCUAUAAUGCUGCAUAAAUGAGUAGUAAUUAGAAAUAGAAAGGACCUAAUGAAGAAGUAUAUCCAAUAUAUGUAGAAUUCAAUAUGUAUUUUAAUUAAUUUAUUGUUUUAACUAAAUUUGAUUUAAGAAUAUAUGAUGCUAUGGGUGGUAAAUUAAAGAAAGUAAUGAAUGAAGUAUUUGAUGAUAAAAUAUAAUUGGAUUUAUCAACAUUUUGUUUUGGAGGAAGAUAAAGAAAACUAUUUAUAGCUGAUAAUGCUGGUUUAAUUAGAUAAUAUAAUAUGAAAACAGGAGAGUUUUUAAAAAAGGUUAAUAUGCACAAUGAAAUUGAGAAUUCAGAAUUUGCUAAUAAAUUGGCUAAUAUUAAAAAAAGAGAUACUUUAGAUAUUAGUUCAAUUAUAUUUUUAUAAGAAGAGAAAUUAUUAAUAUCUGCAAGUUAAGAUUCUACUAUUAGAAUAUAUGAUGAAACAGAUCCAGAAGAAUCAAUCUUAUUAAAAGUAUUUUGUGGUGGUCAUUAAAAUUCUGAAAUCUUAUCUAUGUCAUAUAGUUCUAAUUUUACUAUGUUAGCAACUGGUAGUGCAAAUGGAUUGAUUUCUCUUUGGGAUUUUGAAACAAGUAAAUUAUGUGGAGUUCUUAAUACACCAUAACCAUUAGCAGAAGUAACUGCUUUAGAAUUUGCUGAUCCAUAUCCUGUCUUAGUGAGUUUAUAAGGAAUACUUAUAAGCAUUUGGAAUAUUAAAACAAAUAAAUGUCUUUUAAGAAUUAAUACUAAUCCCUUAUCUCCAAUGUUAUCUGUUGCCAUAUUCUCAGACAUAUCAUCUGGACCAUCAAGAUAGGAAUUGUUACCUGAAUUUUCAGGACCACUUGUUGAUAAAACUGCUUAGGAUAAAAAAUCAAAAUUAAAUUUAUAAGAAGAAUAAGAAGGUUUAAUGAAGGAUAUUUAAUAAUAUGAUACUGAAUAACAUUAAAAUAAAAGGAGAGCCUUACUUUAUAUGGGUGAUUAAAAAGGAUAUAUGCAUAUUUUAUCAUUAACAGAAUUCUUAUAAAGAAAAGGUAUUACUGAAAUGGAGAAAUUAAAGAAGGGUCAUUCCUAUUAAUUAAAAAGAAAAGAUUUGAUUGAUGUAUCAAAAAGUGUUGAAACCUUUUUAGUUUAAGAAGAGAAAUAAUAAUCUCCUGUUCUUACUUGCAAUAUUUCUGCUUUACUUAUUAGAUAAUGGGUAGCUCAUAGUUCUGCAAUUGUGAAAAUUAAUAAAAUAAGGGAAUUAGUAUCAUUUAUUAGUUCAUCAAUGGAUAAACAUUUUAAGAUAUGGUCAAUGAAAGGAGAGUUAUGGUCUGAUAUAAGUUUGGCUAAAUAUGAUGGAUCUAAUUAUUGGAAAUUUCCAUUUGAUUGGGUUGGUUAAAAAUUAAAAGACAUUGAAUUAGUAUUUGAUGCAUUAAAAUUGAUUGAAAAAGAGAACUUAUCUCCUUAUGAAAAAGAAAGAGUGAAAGUUAGAUUUCUAGUUAAUAAGUAUUUUAAUGAAGCAGCAUUGGAGGAAAUGUAAAGAAAUUAUGCUUAACCUGAAUAAGUAGUUGUUUAAAGAGAAAAAAAGUAAAUAUUUAUAUACAUAUAUAACAUAGACGUCUUAUUUAAUCUUAAUCUUAACCAAUGAAUAUUGCUUUAAAAUCGAUUGCUGAACCAUAUAAAGAAUUAACAUAGAAAAUGAAAGAUGAUCAAUUAAAAAAGAAGAAAUUAGAAUUGCCUGAAGUUUUAGAGGAACCAAAAAGACCUUAAUCUUAACAUGGUCUUGUUUAAAGAUUAAUGUUAGCAUUCAAUGAUAAUAAGGACAUAGCUAAAGAAGAUGGUAUAGAUUCAAAAAAGAAAUAACCUAAUAAAAAUACUCAUUAAAAAAGAAUUUAAGAAUUACCCUAAAUGAAACCAUCUACUAGUCAUUCAACAUUUUUAUAAAAAUAUUAAAGAAAUUAUAGAUUCAUUUAAACUUAAGUAUAAACAAGACCACAUACUGAAUCUAAGAAAUAUAAAUUUGUUCAUGAUAUUAAAUAUCAAUUUGGAGAAUCUCAAAGAGCAAUGAAAAUUAAAUAUUAUUAGAAUUCUCUCAAAUUUUAAUCUGUAAGUCCAUAAUUAUUAUGUGAUGAUAAUGAAAUUCUAUAAAUGAAAUGCAAAUUUUAUAAGAAAUAAAAUGAAGAUCUUAUUGAAUCAGAGUCAUCAGAUAAAUCUUAUGAAGAAGAUGAUCUUGGACAUCCAAAAUAACAUAAAUAGAUCAUAGCUAGUCAUAAUUUCUUAAAUAAUGCUUAAAAAAACGAUCAUAAAGUAUUAAAUACAAAAAAAAAGAUAUUUGUUGUCUGA